AAAAGUCUGAAGAGCGCAGUCAAUUUAUUCAAUUCUUAUAUGAAUAAGCUGCUUGUCAAAAUGUAGUGCAAGUUGUAGAAAAGACGGGUUUGCAAAGAGACAAAUCACUGACGAGCAAGAUCGUUGACGAAGGCGUAACUCGGUACAAAUAUUAUAUAUUGAUUCCACAAAGUCGAAACUUUCUACAUUCCAAAAUACAUAUGGCCUUUGUAUUCUUCGUGUUUAUUAUCAUACUUAAGUUUCCAUGGAAUUUGUGUGUAGAUUCUACGAGUUUUGUAAAUGACCAGUUCUAUUCACAGGAAAUACGAAAAGGAAGGUGUAUGGCAAGGUGUUUUGAACAGUUCGGACAAAAACCGACAGACAGUCUGCAAGACGAGCUGUACCAUGUUUACCAAGCUAAUGAUUGUAACAGUUUUGAAUGUAAAAAGUGUGCCAUGCCAUGCGGGAAUAUUACGUAUAUUGAACAAAGCAAAACGUGUGAGGAAGUAUGUCUGCUACAUGGAAUCAUCUGUAUGAGUAGCUGUGAAUUUGCAAUGACAACUGGGAAUUCUUCUGUGGUAUAUGAUUUUGAAAGUGGUGCACAUAUAGAUUCAGUUAGAUCGACAUGCCAACAUAUCGCAGUCAAAGGCACAGUGACUAUGUUCCUAUACUGGAACGUUCAGCUCAAAUAUCACACUGAUUUUGUUUUUGUUGUUUCUAUGAUUCGUGGGAAAUCUUCUAAGACAUGGAAAACUCUUGGACAGAUCAAACGUGCCGUAGUGCCCAUCCAUGGCCUGACAUUUGAAACUGAUUACAAGUUUAAAGUGACAGCCGUUAGUAAAAAUGGAAUUAUUGAAAACCCAAAAGUCGCAAACUGGAUCACGACUAUGAAAGCAACUGGCACUGUUAAGAGUCCAUCGGAAGUUCAGAUUGGCGAACAAAGAGUCCACAAUGGAAUGAUAAGUGCUUUAUUACAAUGGAAUUCUACGAAAGAUCCUCCGUGCUUUUACACACUCCACUUAAUGACAAACAAUCCACAGAACUCUGAACACAAAAGAUAUCAACUGAUGGCACCUCCAAUUUCAAAAUACUGGAUUAAUAAUUUGCACUUUGGAAGUAAUUAUACCUUACAUAUGAGCAGUUAUCCCAAUUCAGAUUUUACCGCCGGAAGUGCGGAGAUAGUAACAUGGUUCAUCACUGCUGAUUGUCUGCAAGCUACGAAUUAUAACUAUCAUCUGUGUGGUCCAGACGAACCUAGAAAUGUGACAGGUGACCUCAUAUUGAAUUCCGAUAAUACAUCAUCUUGUUCUGUUAAUGUAUCCUGGAUACCGCCUCCUCAUGCAGACGACUAUCCGGGAAUGUUUUCAUAUCUGAUUAAAUGGUACAAAAUAAUCCCAAUACACCUCAGCCAAUACAAAAAACCACAUCAAUCAUCUAUCCAGGUCAAAGGGAAUAUGAAUUGGGUUGAAGUACAGGAUAUUCAUUGGGAUCAUAACUAUAGUAUCAGCGUGCAGGCAAUAUCUACAAAAGGCCAAAGUAAACCAGUUAUACUCAUUGUAGCUCAUGAAGGUUGUCAGUGGACAGUUCCAUUAGAAUUGACAGAAGGUAAUCACACACAUUUGAAUUUAAUACUUGGAGGAUUAGUUGGUAUAUCCGUAAUCAUUAUAGCUCUGUCAUUGGGUAUUUAUCUUCGAAUAAAAUUACAACGACAACAGAAUGGCAAGACUAACGAAGGAAGAGGGGAGGAAAUGAAUCCUUUGUACCAUAAGGGUACUGACUCCAUUACACAAGUUGAUGACUGUUAUGAAAUAGACUUUUCAUCGCUGAUGCUACUAGAGGUAUUAGGAGAAGGCGCCUUCGGAAAAGUUUACAAAGCUAAAUUAAAUGACAAUAAACUUUCUAAAGAGAAAGAUUUUAUUGUAGCUGUGAAAAUGCUAAAAGAUUUUCAUGAUGUUCCUGAAAAGAAGAGUUUACUAAUGGAAAUAGAGUUUAUGAAACGGUUAGGAAGUCAUCCUCAUAUAGUUAGUUUUAUAGGAUGCUGUAAAAAAGACACCGUUUGUUUAUUGAUGGACUUUUGUAAAUUAGGAGAUCUACGUUCAUUUCUCUUACGUUAUCGUCAGAGUUUACAGACGGAUUAUAGAACAUUCCGACUUUCAUCCGACGACGAUAGUGGUAUGCAUUCUUCAGGGGGAAGUUCUACAUCAUCACAGUCACCAACAGAAUUACAGCAAGCUCGUUUACUGUCCUACGCCAGACAGAUUGUAUUAGCGAUGGAAUAUAUGGCAUCAAGGAAGUACAUUCACAGAGAUUUAGCCGCCAGAAAUAUACUAAUGUAUGAUGAAGAGCGGAUAAAAGUGUCUGAUUUUGGUCUGACACGAGAUAUUUACGAAAGAAAUCUUUAUCAACCUACCUCGGCAAGGAAACUCCCAUAUAAAUGGAUGGCGCUGGAAGCCAUCUUUGACCAAGUGUUUACAAUUAAGUCAGAUGUUUGGUCGUUUGGUAUAGUUUUAUGGGAGAUUGUUACUUUGGGAGGAAGUCCAUAUCCAGGAAUUCCGAACAAAGACUUGUUUAAAUUGCUCAAGGAAGGAUAUCGUAUGGAAAAACCUGAAAACUGCAGUUUGGAGGUAUACCAAUUAAUGUUGUCUGUGUGGCAUCCUAAUCCAUACUGCAGACCAUCAUUUACAGAAUUAAGAAGGAAGUUGGAAACAAUGUUGGAACAGACAAAACCAUACAUAAAUUUGUCUGUGUCUGUUUCUGAAGAUUACUAUGAAUUGUCUUCACAUAGUGACCAUUCUGACAGAGGAUCAUUAAAUACCAACGAACAUACAACUUAUGUUGAAAUGUCAGCUACAGACAAUGUACUAACCUACAAGACAUCGAUUAAUGGUUAAACAAAUAAAAACAACCGCCUGGUUCAAAUGGGAACGACAAAUUAAUCAACAAUGCAAUGAAAACGUACAGGUUGUGGUGUAAAAUAUAAAGGAUGAACAUUUGAGCAAGUGGACUGACUAUCGCAUAGACAAGAAAACAUUAAAAUGACUAUUGCUCAAUGUAUAUACCAUAAGACAAAAUAAGUGAAUCUCGAUUUGUAAAUUUCGUUUAUCUGGUAAAUCAUAGAGUAGCAUGUACAUUCGCACUUGAAGAAUAAAGAAAUGUAAGCGUACUUUCAUUCCGCCGUGUAUUUAUUCCGGGUAACUGUUUUUCACUAGAGAAUAUUAGAUGUAAAUACAUUUAGUGUGAAAGCGUCGAUCUUGAUAUCGUUGUUUUGUUUAUAUUAGA